GCCCCGCCUCCAGCUCGCUUGGGGCGGAGGGGAUCCCGGAGGUGGCCAGAGAGCUGAACUAUGAGCGCUCUGGUGCGGGAGGCAGGGGCGGACCCCGGGGCGGAGUCCCCAGCCAGCAGCGGUUGCCGCGGGGACGGGGCGGGGACGCGGCCCCGAGGGCGGAAGUGAAAAAGUUACCGGCGUCCCGCGGAGAGUUGGUAGAGCUGUGCGCGCGACGCGGCGAUGGGGGGCUCGGGCAGCCGCCUGUCCAAGGAGCUGCUGGCCGAGUACCAGGACCUGACGUUCCUGACCAAGCAGGAGAUCCUCUUAGCCCACAGGCGGUUUUGUGAGUUGCUUCCCCAGGAGCAUCGAACCAUGGAGGAGUCACUGAAUGCACGUGUGUCCUUUGAGCAGAUUCUCAGCCUUCCAGAGCUCAAGGCCAACCCCUUCAAGGAGAGAAUCUGCAUGGUCUUCUCCACAGCCCCUACCAGAGACAGUCUAAGCUUUGAGGACUUCCUGGACCUUCUGAGUGUCUUUAGUGACACAGCAACCCCAGACAUCAAGUCACACUAUGCCUUCCGGAUCUUUGACUUUGAUGAUGAUGGAACCCUGGAUAGAGAAGACCUGAGUCGGCUUGUCAACUGCCUCACGGGAGAAGGCGAGGACACUCGGCUCAGUGCUUCUGAGAUGAAGCAGCUCAUUGAUAAUAUCCUGGAAGAGUCGGACAUUGACAGGGAUGGAACCAUCAAUCUCUCCGAGUUCCAGCAUGUCAUCUCCCGUUCACCAGACUUUGCCAGCUCCUUUAAGAUUGUCCUGUGAUGGCAGCAUGAGUGCCAGCACCCUGUCUAAAACCUUUCCACUGCUGAGCUGUGGCCAAGGUUAUGCCUGCGGUGUAGGGCCUUCCAUGCUGGCCCCGCCUGGAGUGGGCACUGCAGAGUCCGGCCCUGGGCAGGGGAGGACCCUCCCUCUUCUCACUGCUGUAGUCAUUGCUGUUUCUACUAAUCAGAAAUAAAGGUUUAGAAAUGUUGGA